CCAAACACAACUUUAUCUUUUCUCAAACUCUCCAACCAAAAACAAAUAUUUGUCUUCUUCACUACCAAUCUGCUUUUUUCCCAUUCCUCCAUUUCGCCUGAAAUCUCUGCAAGAAGCCAAAACCCAGAAAAUUCCAAGUAGUUAAAUUGCCUUAGCUCCUGAAGGGAAGAUUCAGGGAAACAGGAGAGAAGAGAAGGGCACAAAUGUCUUCCGACAGCGGAGAGAGACGGCCGGGGAGGAUGACGACGGGAACGGCGCAGAAGUCAACGGAGCCGGAGAAUCUGCCAUGUCCGCGCUGCGAUUCUACGAACACUAAGUUCUGUUACUACAACAACUACAACCUCUCUCAGCCUCGCCACUUUUGCAAGUCGUGCCGCCGUUACUGGACGCGCGGUGGGACCCUGCGGAACGUUCCCGUCGGCGGCGGGACCCGCAAGCAGCCCUCCAACAAGCGGCCCCGGACCACCACGCUCGCCGCCGCCUCGUCCCCGCCUGAAAUGCCGCGCGACCCGUUCCACGCUGCCGGGUCGGGUUGCGAGGUGAACCUGAACGAGGCGGUGCCGGACCCCGCCACCGCCUCCUUCACGUCAUUGCUGGGCUCCCCCGUCGGCGGCGACGGCGCGGGGUUUAUGUCGCUCGGCGGGUUCGGUCUCGGGCUUGGAGAGGCCGGCAUGCAUGGAUUCGGGUUCGGAUUGGGCAUGGUGGACUGGCCCGCGGAGACAGUAGGUGCAGCUCCCUCUGGAAAUGUGAACGGAGGCGGGCAUACCGUGGGUGGACCUGUGGGCUCUUCAAGUUGCAACACGUGGCAAAUGGGCGGUGGUCUUGUCGACGGCGACGGUGGAGAUUAUUUCGGCUGGCCGGACCUCGCAAUAUCGGCGCCGGGCAGAAGAUCUUGAAAUUAUUGUACGCGGUACACAAAAACAAGUUCGCUUUUGUUUCUGUUUCUUAGUAGCUUAGUAUAACAGGAAUUUGAACUCUGUUAAUCAUGUUUUGGUUCUUGUUUCUUUAUAUUAUUAAUUAUCAUUAGUCGUGGUAAUUAAGGUACCGCCACCUUAAAACUAUUUCAUCGACUCUAUUUGUGCUGGAUUUCGGAUUGGUGUGACUGUAGAUUUUCCCUUGUUAUUUUACAGGAGCUUUUGUUAAUGUAAAUGCUUAAAAAAAAUCAUCUUUUUUUUGACGAGUUUAAGAUGAAAAAAGAAUCUGGUUCUUGGUUUGUUU